AUGAACCCCAUCACCACAGCAAAUGCUGAAUUUUGCCUUGAUGUAUUCAAAGAGCUGAGUAGUAGCAAUGUGGGAGAAAACAUCUUCUUUUCUCCACUCUCUAUGUUCUAUGCUCUAAGCAUGCUCCUUCUGGGUGCCAGAGGCAAGAGUGCUGAGCAAAUGGAAAAGGUGCUCCACUAUGACAACUUUUCAGAAUUCUUAAAACCAAAGAUGACAGACUCUUCUGAGUGCAGCCAUGGCGGAAGGAUGCAUUCUAAGUUUGGAGCCCUGCUAUCCCAAAUCAACCAACCAAAUUCCCUCAGCAUUGCCAAUAGAAUCUAUGGGACGAAGGCGAUAACAUUCCACAAGCAAUAUCUAAGAUGUUCUGAGAAACUGUUCCAAGCCAAGCUGCAAACUGUUGAUUUUGAACUGUCUACAGAAGAGACAAGGAAAAGUAUUAAUGCUUGGGUUGAAAAUAAAACUAAUGGAAAAGUCACAAACCUAUUUGGAAAGGGUACAAUUGACCCCUCCUCUGUCAUGGUCCUAGUGAGUGCCAUAUAUUUCAAGGGACAAUGGAAAAAUAAGUUUGAGAAAAGAGAGACUGUGAAGGCUCCCUUUCAUAUAAGUGUGGGUAAAAGUGCAGUUGUGGACAUGAUGUUCCAGACUGGAAUGUUUAAACUGGCCUUCAUAAGGGAGCCACAGAUGCAAGUCCUUGAGCUUCCCUAUGCCAACAACAAGCUAAAAAUGAUCAUCCUGCUUCCAGGGGGCACAGCCAAUGUAAACCAGAUAGAAAAACACCUGAAUGUGAAGAUGCUUCAAGAGUGGACCAACUCUUCUAACAUGGUGGAAAGAGAAGUGGAUGUUCACAUCCCCAAAUUCAAUCUCGCAGUGAAAUAUGACCUAAACUCGCUCUUGAAAUCCCUAGGGAUGAGGGACAUCUUCAGCGUGGGCAAAGCUGAUCUCUCUGGGAUGUCGCCAGACAAAGGCCUAUAUUUAUCCACGGUCGUUCACAAGUCCUAUGUGGAUGUCAAUGAAGAAGGCACCGAGGCAGCAGCGGCCACUGGGGAGAGUGUGGCUGUGAAACGACUUCCUGUCACAGUUCAGUUCACAGCAAAUUGUCCCUUCCUCUUCACUAUCCAGGAUGAGUCUGACAAUAUUUUAUUUGCUGGCAAGUUUGCCUCUCCAUAG